AUGAAUUCAACCAAACGACAUUUGGUUGAUAGUCAAUCAACGCAACAACAAACAAAGAAGUUACGAAAAGCCUUUAAUGAAUCAAUCACAUAUAUUGAAAAUUUGCCAACUGAAUUUUUUUAUGAAAUAUUUACUUAUCGCGAAGGUUGUAUAUUAUAUGAAGCUUUUACUAAUCUAAAUACUCGUUUUCAACAUCUUUUGACUAGUUCAUAUGUAUUACUUAAUAUUCGAAUCUCAUCUUGCCCAAAUACAAUUCUUGAACAUCGUUAUACACAUAUUAUUUAA